GAACAACUCCAACCUUCCUUAAUCCACAAUCCAGUUUUUUGGGUCUUGUUUUGGUUUUAGACUACAUUUUCAAGCAGAAGAGAAAGGAAAACAGGAGGGUUCAAAUUGCUGUUCUCCUUCCUCCUCCUGUCUCCUCCUUCACAGCAGAGAGUUGGAGGUGUCGGCAGUUUUCCCAGCAGAAAGUCAGAGCUGCAGCAAAGUGAAAGGAGGACAGACAGCAGCUUCACAGUGAGAGUCUACGUGUGACAGUCAACGACUUCAGCAUGACCUCUGACCCCACAGGGCUACGAGCGCCUGCUCGAUCCCAGAGUCUCUUCAACAGCAUCAAGUUCUUUGUGUUUUGCCACAGUUUGCUGCAGCUGGCACAGCUGUUGGUGUCGGGCUACAUGAAGAGCUCCAUCUCCACCAUCGAGAGGCGCUACGGCCUGUCCAGCCAGAAGUCCGGACUCCUGGCCUCCUUCAAUGAGGUGGGAAACACCGUGCUGAUCAUCUUUGUGAGCUUCUUUGGGAGUCGAGUCCACCGGCCGAGGUACAUCGGAGGCGGAGCUCUGCUGGCUUGCCUGGCCUCUCUGCUGAUGGGGAUAACGCACUUUCUGAGUGAACCGUAUGACUUCACCAAGACUGUCAUCUCCUCCAAUGAAAACAGCUCUGACCUCUGCCAGCCAGUGACCACCUCAUCCAACAAUCAGACCUGCCAGCAGCAGGUGACCCCCAACCAGCAGGGCAUCUACCCUAUGCUGCUCCUGGGUCAGCUGCUGCUGGGCAUCGGAGCUGUCCCCAUCCAGCCCUUUGGCAUCUCAUACAUCGACGACUAUGCCAGCAAAAAGAACUCUCCUCUCUACCUCGGCAUCCUCCUCGCUGUGACCUCGAUCGGCCCGGCUUUCGGAUUCAUCACCGGGUCCCUCAUGCUGCGCAUCUAUGUUGACUUUGACAAGCUAUUGCCAGAGGACAUCCAGUUGGACCUUAAAGAUCUGCGCUGGGUGGGAGCAUGGUGGCUCGGCUUCCUGGUUGCCUCCUGCCUCCUCUUCCUCACCGCGCUGCCAUACCUCUUCUUCCCCAGAAACAUGCCCAAAGAGGACGGUGCAGACGAUGUCGAGUCUAUACCAGACAGUAAGCAGCAGGAACAACAGACAGACACACUGCAGGAACUCUCCCUGCUUAAGUUCCUCAAAAAAUUUCCUGAAAUUGCUCUGCGGAUGCUGCGAAAUCCCAUGUACAUGCUGGUGGUUCUGGCUCUGGUGAACUUGGCAGCUCUCCUGUCCGGCCUCGCCACCUUCAUGGCCAAGUUCAUUGAGAAGCAGUUCAGCCAGCCUGUUUCCUUCUCCACCAUGAUGAUAGGAGGAGUUGGGAUCCCGAUGGGGGUGCUGGGGACCGUCCUGGGUGGAGUACUGAUGCGACGGUUCAGUCUUUCAGUCACCGGUGCCAGCAAGUUGUGCACAACAGCCAUCUUUCUCUGCAUGUUGUCUGCCCUACCACUGCUGUUCAUUGGCUGCCCCACACAGAACGUUGCCGGGGUCUCUACCAUCAGCCCUAAUGUGUCGCAGUGCAGUUCUGCCUGUCGCUGCUCUGAGGAGGCGUUUAACCCGGUCUGCGGCUCAGACGGCAUGGAGUUCAGGUCUCCGUGCCACGCCGGCUGUCGUUCUCUGGAAAAAGACCCCAACACCACCAAAGUCACAAACUACACUGAGUGUCGGUGUGUCGGCGGUCUCCACUUCGCCCGCCCUGGGACCUGCGGCAGUGGCUGUCAGCACCUCCUCCUCCCCUUCAUGGUCCUGCUGGGUCUCACUGCCUUCAUCGCCUCCUUUUCCCAGACGCCAUCAUGUGUAAUGAUACUCAGGGAGGUGCCCCCGGAGGAUAAGUCUUUCGCAGUGGGAGUUCAGUACAUGCUGUUCAGAGUGCUCGCGUUCAUGCCCGGCCCGGUGCUGUACGGCAGUGUCAUCGACACCACCUGCAUCCUGUGGGGCAAGAAAUGUGGCAAGGAGACUUCCUGUCACUACUACGACCUGAACCGCUUUAGAAACAGGUUUCUGGGACUGCAAGUGGUGUUUGUGUGCGGAGCGUUGCUCUGUUACCUGCUGACAGUCGUUGUCCUGCGAAAGAGGGACAAAAAUCAAGAAGAAUACCAGAUGGUGAACAACUUGAACAGACCAGAGCACACAAAAGAAAAAGAACUGUUAACCUGAAGAGGAAACAAUGAGCUUUUUUUUUUUUAAACUGGUUAAAAGGAAGCUGCUACAAAGCAACAAAUUACUCGGUGUGGUGGAUGCUUUUCAUAUAAAGGGCCCAUCUGCCUGUAUUGGGAAGCAAUGAUAUUUUUUUAUAUUGUUUUGUUUGUUCAUCAAGCAUGCAUAGCUAACAUUUUAAAUGGAAUCUCGUUUUUACGAUGAACGUCUUACUGUGACUGACAGUAUAUAGUUAUAUAAAAGCAUUAUCUACAAGUUUAACAUUCAGGACUUAGGUUAUAGUCAUCAUGUAAUAUAUUGGUCCCAAACACCAAAAUCCAGUGAACCAAACAUUUGCCUGGCUUAUAAAUACAUAGGAAAAUUUAGCUUUACAUGAGCUUUACAUGAAGCCACAUGAAGGUGCUAUCAGCAACACAUGUUUGGUACCAUACCAUAGGGCACCAGUGUACUGAACUUCACUUCCUCUACAUCGUCUUCCUCUACAUAUUUGAUGUUUUGAUGACUAUAUACGUACUCCCAUAUAACUUAUGUGGAAGAACUGUGCUGCAGCAUUAAAACUCAGUGUUUUUGUCCAAAUGCUUCUGUAAUUACAGAGUCAACCAGACUCAAGUAGCUAUUAGAGGAAGUGAAAUGAAGCCAACACUGAAGUGCCAAAAACUGGGCUUCAUUCAACAGUGUUUUCAUUUUCCAGCUUGUAGCUUGGUCUAAACAAGAAACAAAGUGAACAGUUCUCAGCAUAGUGAUGCUUGGACUACAAAUCUGAGAUGAGCUCAUGCCAUUUAAAUGCAAACACAGAUAUUCAUGUAAAUGCGCAUUUCACAACCAACAAGGUCUGUGCAAAAGAAAAAAAUGCUACCCAUUGAGAAAUCAGUAAGACAGCUUAUCUAAUCAAGGCCAUAAAUGUUUACCAGUAUGUCAAAGCACUCCCGGUUUCAGGCAGAAAUUUUCCAUGUUAACAUAAAGGCAGAUAAGAAGCUGUUCAGUCCCAAGCUGAACUGUCCAAGGCUGCAUUGUGGAAUGAAGAUAAUUUGGAUUUUGUCUGUUUCCUUUCACUGAGUGAAGCUUUUGCACAGUUUGUGGUUUCUUAUUUGAGGAAUUGAGCCUAAAUGACUGGCUGCACCUUUAUGUUAUUAAAGUUUCAGUUACACAGGCCUAGAGAUUUAUUGGUGACCCCUGGCAACCUUUGGGCUCUAGAGAAAAAUGUGUAUUCCCUGAUCACUGAGCAGUUGCUGGAGGACACUAGGUGAAAUUAGUCACCAACAAGGUGCUGUACCAAAGCCCUUACUGUUUACCAAAGUAAUUACAAGAAGGGCUUUGGUGCAGCACCGUGUUGAUGACUAAUUAACCAACAGGGUGCUGCACCAGGGUCACUGUUCGUAGUUUGGAUGAAACUUGAAAAAGUGUGACACAAACUAAAAAUGGAGACUGAUUGCCUUCAAAGUAAAAGUUGCCCCUUUUACUUUGAAGGAGAACAUUCUCCGUUUCUGCUUGUAUUGUACUUUUCUGUGUGUUGCAACUGCUUACCGAGUAGCUGGUAAGGGCUUGCAGAUAAGUCGGCGCCUUCCAUACAAACUAUGGUGGACUGUGACAACUUAUUAGCAACCAAAAUAUUCAAGCUACAGCACUUUUUCACUAAUUUCACUGCAACUGCCAGCAACCUCCACCUCCAGCUCAAUUUGAACCCGUUAGGGAAAAGACGUAUUUACCUAGCAACCGGUGCUUGCCAACUGGUCUCUAGGCCUAUGUGACAGAAACAUGAAUAUGUUACUGACAUUUUAACAGCUGCAGUUUCCCACCAGGUGCUGCUCAAAGAAGCUCGCACUGUAAAAGUGGACCUAUGCAGCUUAAAUGCGACAGUUUGGGUUGCAAUGGCAGCCUGCAAAAGGGGAUAAAAAGAAAAAUCAAAUGUUGAAAGAACAGUAGGGAACUUUCAAAAAUAUUUUAAUAGACUCGUUGGUAAAAUGGUGCCUCUGGUGGUGAAAGCUUUUGUUAGAUUUUGUUAGAAGUCUCUAAUAAUGAGAACAGUGUGUAUGAGUCAGAAUGUGAGGCUGCAGAAUGCUGUAAACACUCAGUUUAUCACAGUUUUUUCUACUCUUGGCUCCAUAUGAUAUCAUGGAGAUCUCAGACACUGAAGCUCCACCUACCGUCUGUUUAUGAGGGACAGUUGAAGUUGUUUUAAAGCGGGAGGAGCUAAAACAGCUCAGUGAACUAAGGGGCUGUACUAAGAACCAUUAUGUCAUUAAUAAAGUUUAUUUUGAACUGUGAAUCCUGCACACAACAUGAAUACAGUUAUUACCUCUGACAGCUAUCAAUCAGCAGGAUUACUGAAUGUCGUAAAGGUGAUGCAUCUACAAAAGCAUCACUGUAGGAAGAAAUACGUGGAUAUUACAUCUUUUCCAGCACACCUGUUAAAUUACUUUACUUCUGCAUGUUCACUUUCAUUUUCACAUUUAAAUAUGCAGAAUCACUGCCAAAGUAUUCUUAUUUCAAGGUCACAGGAAUGAAGAAGCUUUCCAGUGUACCGUCACUUUUGCUGGCAAUGAAAGAGGAAUUUCACUCUGUAUUUCGAAUUGAUUUAUUAACUCUUGAAGAGCGAGGUGCUUGUUUCAGAUCAUUUUGAACUGUGAAUCAUGCAAAGCUACUUUAGCAGAGCCCAAGAAUAAAAAUGUGGAGCAAUAAAUGAGCAGAAUUGGUUCUCCUGAUGGGGGAAUUCCAACUUUGCUGAUACACUGUGAUCAGGGUGGGAAUACUGGGAUUACUGGGAUUACUGGGUGCAGAGACGAAAAAUGACCUCACAGAGGGAAAACACAGAGGGAGGGCAAACAAAGAGAAAACUACAACACUGCAACACUGUCUUUGUAAAGUGUUUGUAAGGAUUGUUUUAAGGUGGAUUUAUGAACCAAUCCUAUUUUUGAGUUUUGGUGAAACGUCUUUAAUGUUUUCUGAUGCUGAUGUUUCUGAAAGGUUUUUGGUUUUGGUCAGAUUAUCACAAACUAGAACGUGUAUAAAAGUGUUUAAGAAUAUAUAAAAACAUAUUUUUGAGGUUACAGCAGUAUAACUCUUAUCCAAGUCAUAUUAUUGUGAAAAAACUGUUUUUAAAUCAAAUAUUCACGUGAACAAUUUCCUGUAACGUUAAUAUCUUUAUUUUACCACAUGAUCUGUGUGAUGUAUGUUCUUUAUAUGAACAGCUUUUUUUUAUUAAAAAAUAAUAAAUU